AUGUCGAAAGAUAUUGCUUCCAUGAGAGAAAUACAACACAACCGACAACUCAUUAUGCAAGCUCUAAAUAAGAACACAACAAAUUUUUCAAACUAUUCUAAGAUAUCUGAGUCAUUGAAAGAAGGAAACUUAAAACUGACAUUAAACCCAAUGACAGAUGAGUUUCUGUUUCAAGACAAUAAGAACCAUACUGUCUGUAUAAAUCCAACAAAAGGAACUUUAAACGAGAAACCUAUAAAUGAACUUCUUUUGAAAACGGAUGUUGACAACAAAGCUGACAAAGAAUAUGUCAUUGAAAAAGUUCAAGAAGAACAUGACAGAGCAGAUGCAACAUAUGCAACGAAAGAACAUACUCAUCCUGAACUAGCGGACAAAACAUAUGUUGACAAUAAAAUGUCAAGUGAAGUGACAAGAGCUGACAAAGAAUAUUCUAAAAAGACUCAUACACAUUCUAUAUCUGAAAUAACAGACUUAAACGUUAGCCUUGAAAAUAAAGCGGAUAAGGACUGUGUGGCUAGUGCGUUAGAGAAGAAGGCGGAUAAGGAAUAUGUGGAUGAAAAAGAUAAAGAAAUUAUAGAAAGGGUUGAAUG